CCAAUGAGAAGGAGACAUCCACUCCUUUCUGUCCUGCCUGGCUUGGCUCAGCUCGGCGCGCCCUGUAAUUAGGAGCUCUUGCUGGGUUGGGCGCCGCCCGCCACGGUGGACAGCCUGGCUGGCUGCUGCGUCAAGGGAGUUUGGGAACGCCAGCUCCACACUGAGCGAGGGCAGAAGGAGUUUAGAGCGGACGGGGCCAACUCCAAAGGAAAGUCGGAACAACAGAAGUUACCGGUCUAAAAUGAACGGCCAAUCGUCACCUGUCUUCGAGGAGAAGAAGCCUUCCCUUCCCGUGGUUGUGGGAAGCUCCAUCUCCACCAAGGACUCCCCCCCGACCCUGCCGGAGCCGUCCUCCGCCGACGCGGGCUUCUACGGCGGGCAGAGCGCGCUGCACGGCUCGCAGGACUUUUAUGCAGCGCAGCAGCCGUACGGAGCUCCUCACAUGAACCCGUACACCUACCACCACCACCACCACCACUACAACCUGAACGGGAUGGCCCCCAGCGGCGCGUACUCGGUGGGCAAGCCGGAGUACCCCUACCCGCAUGCGGCGUACAGAGAGCACGGGGCGUUCGGCAGGGAGGUGCAGACUGCGCUGCAAGAAGUGAAAGAGGAACCGGACCUGGAAGUCCGGAUGGUCAACGGGAAACCCAAGAAGGUCCGCAAACCCCGCACCAUCUACUCCAGCUACCAGCUGGCCGUCCUGCAGAGGAGAUUCCAGUCGGCACAGUACCUGGCCCUGCCGGAGCGGGCUGAGCUGGCUGCGCAGCUGGGCCUCACCCAAACACAGGUCAAAAUUUGGUUCCAGAACCGACGCUCCAAGUUCAAGAAGCUCUACAAGAAUGGAGAGUUUCCGCUCGGGGAAAUGCCCUGCGAACAUAGCCCAGACGCCAGCGACUCGAUGGCCUGCAACUCCCCCCCGUCCCCAGCCGUGUGGGACAACACAACCAGCAACAACAACAACACAAACGGCAGCAGCAACAGCAUCAGCAACGUCAACGACACAAACGGCAGCAUCCUCAAGAAUAACGCAAUGCUGGAUCCCGCCAGCAGGGGCCAGGGGCCCUAUCAGCAUCCGAUCAAUUCCCCCCCUGCUUACAUGGAUGAGUUUACGCAGCCCAACUGGUACCAGCAGCAGGGGCCACAUUUAGGUUUGGCGCAGUCAGGCCAGAUGCACCACACGCCACCAACAGCACCGUCAGACGCACAGAGCAUGCGAGCCAUCUACUGAGCCCACGAUGCUGGACACUUGACAGCAUUGUGCCUGAAGCCCUGUGCUGUAAAACCUUCGGGAUUUCUUUUCCCCAGUAAAGGCAUUUGAGCUUUGCUGUGACCCAAAUGACUUGACAGAGAACAGACACAAGCAAUGACUUGUAAAAAAAACACAAACCGGGGCUGAUCAGCAGUGUCCGCUUCAAAUAUUUCCUCCAUGUCUCCCAUGUCGGAACCGUAAUCUUGCGGGAGAUUACAUGGAUUGAAGUGUUUUGCACUGCUCAGCCUGAUGAUGUUUUGUGAACAUUGUUUUUUUUUUUUCUAUUUGAAAUUUCUUCAUAUUUAACGUACAAUCUUUAAUUAUUUGGUCAUCAAUAAAUUAUGUUCUGGAUACAUCCUCUGUCUUUUUCCUACUGAAACAACAUGCUACUGAAAAAUCAUGGCUGGACUUGACCAAACAUAAAGACUCUCAAGGUAAACCUUUCUUCCUGUCGGUUUAAAAAAAAAAAUAACUUAGUUCAGUUUCAUGGACUCAUCCUUCUGGCCUUGUGUUAAACUCAGCCAAGUCUUUCCUCUGUGAUCUGAGCAACAUACGGCAAACUGUUGUCUUCCUUAUUUAUUUUUUUUAUAUAUAUAACUGGUUCUCCUGUAUAGAAAUAUGCUGCAGUCUAAUAAAAGUACUGUCAUCAUA